AUGACGGAUGGCGAACCCGAAGCUCUGCCCGCGCUGCUGAACGAAGCUUUGGUGGCCUUGGCAGAUCAGUGCAAAGUCCCGCCUGAUUAUCAUGGGAUUCUCGCGGGAUUUGAUGUCAGCCUUUUCGGCUGCAUUGCAGCUGAUUCCUCAGCUUUGGAUGAGGCGCUCAAGGAUCUACUCGAGGGCGCCGUGGAACCGCCCUCCACUGCUCAGCGCCUGCUUCUGCUUUCUUCGCUACGUUUGCUUUACGAGACUUGCCGUCAGCAGUCGUCAGCAUCCCGCCAGGGCAAGCGCCAAGAGGAGAACGACAUCACUUCGGGGUUGUCUACCUCUAGCUGGUCCGAACAGUUUCCCCCCAAGCUUUCAGGCGAGCGUGUGAUGUCUCUUCAGAAACAGUUUCACGCCCGCUACCCGGGGGAGAUCUUAGAUCCCGACAAUUAUCCGUCGGCCAGGUUGCUAGCCUACGUGGCUAAGGUCAUUCAAAAAGGAGAGCUGCGGUGGAUCCCGUGGAAACUCAGGAUGAGCCAGGCCCAACAAGACUCCCUGGCUUUGCGGCGCCCAGCUAAGGUGCCUCGGUUAGAAGAGCUGAUAUACGACGACGUACCCCAGCGUGAGAUACCAGCUGGAGCAGUUGGCGCGAACUAUCUCUCGGGCAUCUUGGGCUUGGUUUCAGUGGCUGUAGCGAUGCUUCAGGGCGCGCACCUUGCUAGCCUUCGCAAGUUUGAGCGCAAGUUCAUCAAACUGGCGACGCAAAAAUGUGAGGCGGGCAUUCGCAAUCCGUUUGCUGAGGAAAUCAUGCAGGCAGAUCGUCAGCCAUGGUGCCAGAUGGCCGAUCUGGUCAAUCUUCAUGGCUGGUCCUUGGAUGAUGCUCUGACAGAGUACACGGAGAUCAGGGGGGACAUGGCUUCGUUACUGCAGUCCCGGGUGGCGGUGCCCAAAAAGUUUGAUAUCCCACCUGGUCUUCGAAGGCUUCCUGGGGGCAAAGGCAAGCAGAAGGGCGGCGGCAAAGGUCGAGGUGCGAACGGGGGUCAGUCUGGUCAAACUGGUGCCAAAUGGAUCACAAAGUUUGAGGACAAGGGGAUUCUUCCGGCUCCACCUUCGGUUCUUGACCUUUCCAAGGUGCGCGGGAACCUUUUCCUGGACUUGUUUGCGGGUCAUGCUCGGCCACUAUCGUCUGCCUUCUUGCAAGCUGGGGUUUCUGUUCUUUCGGUGGAUACAAUGUUGGCUUCGGAGCACGAUCUUCUGGAUGAUUCGGUUUUUGAACCUCUUUUGCGAUUGAGCUUUUCGGGAGCUGUGACCUCGGCUCAUGCGUCACCACCAUGCCGGGAGUAUUCCAGGUGCAAGCUUAUCCGGCCUGGUCCGAAGCCUUUGCGCACCCCAGAACAUUUGGCAGGGGUCCCAGGUCUUUCUUCUUCGGAACAAGAGCGGGUGGACGCCAGCCGGACUUUGAUGGAGCGGGCCGUCGAGCUUCUGCACGCCACCUACAAGGCUGGUGGGCAUUUUAGCCUUGAAAAUCCAGCAAACAGCAUGCUUUGGCUGGAAGAAGCGGUCCGCAUUCUGCUUCAGAAGGCCAAUGCCGAUGUGCUUGUGGUAGCGGCUUGCGCUUACGGUUGGGAUAUCUCGAAACGCUGGGCUUUCGCUACCUCUUUUCGGGAUAUGCAGCGAUUGGCCAAGGAUUGUUCACAUGCUGAGGGCUCUCAUCGUCCUGUUGCUGGGGUUCGGGAUGAGUCCGGAGGUUAUGCCUCUCAACAGACAUCUGAGUUCCCCGCGAAGCUCGCGGAGGCGUAUGUAUCGGCCGCUCUCCCACUGUUUUCGACAUGCGAAAAUCCUUUGGAUGUCCAGCUGUCUCAGCUAUAUCAGCUAAUCCCUGCUAAAGGUCGCUUCGACAUGCCUUUCGCUCAUCAAGAUGGGGCUGGCAUCUACUCAGUCCCCGACUGGUCUUUCCCCCCUAAUGGGACUGUUGACAGACUUCAGCAGGUCAGGCAUGCUCUGACACAGAAGCUUUUUGAGUUGAAGGCCCCGAUUCGCUUGCGCGAACAUGUCCAGGCCAAGUCGGAUUCUCCAUUGUUCUCCGAGGGAGAGAUUGAAAGCUUUCGGGCCAUCUUUUCAGAGUUCUUGGUGGCCACGACGGGCCGUCCGGUGGACUGGUCUGUUCAACCUUUUCAGCCGUAUACUCUCAAGGCACUUCAGCAACUGUCAGAGGCCUUGGAAGAUCCCGACGACACUCUGUUCGCUUGCCUCCAAUCAGGCUGGCAGUUAUCUUAUCGGGCUGGGACAGUUCGGGUUCCGCAGUCUAAACGGGAGAAAUUACGCGGCCUUCUGAAUCCCCUGCUGGUGGCGGGCCGAGUGGAGCUGAAGCUGAUCCAACAAGCUUUGGGCCUUCUUCAAUGGAUCACGCAACUUCACAAGGAGCUUCGUCCUUGGCUUUCUUCUUUGUACGAUGACAUUUCGAGGCCGCCGGGGACGUCCUUUUCCAUUGAGCCAUCUCGGUGGGGAUCGUUGGCUCCUUGCUUGUCAGAUGCGAUGGUUUUCAUCUCCACUCCAGCUGGCGCGGCUAUCCCCGUGGGCUCUAAGCUGCUGAGUGCUCGGCACAUCGAACUGUGGAAGAAAUCGGAUUUGGCCAAAGUUCCGCUCACCUCCAAGCGGGUAUGGAUGAGGAUUGCGGAUCCUCAAUCUCGCUUUCGGCGCCUAUCUGUGCUGAGCAGGUGGGAUGGUGUCAGCCCUUUGCCUUCACCAUGGAAUCCAGACUUCAGAUACCGCUUCACAGUCGCGGAUUUCUUCGAUCUACGUCAUGAUGUGCGGCUUUUCCCAGCCGAUGCCAAGCUGCUUUGGAAGCUGCCGCGAUGA